CUCAAAUUCCUUGGAAAGUUGUAGACCUUUCCAAGCAAAAAUGAAGGCAGAUGCAAUUGAGCUUGGUGUGGGGAAGAGUUCUCCCAAAAGGGGUGGCUUGAACAGAGGGGUGUCCAUCCUUGACUUCAUUAUAAGAAUAGUUGCAAUUCCUGGUACCAUCGGGAGUGCCAUAGCCAUGGCAACAACUAAUGAAACACUUCCUUUUGUCACACGGUUCGUUCGAUUCAGGGCUGAGUACAAUGAUCUGCCAAUGUUUACGUUUUUUGUGGUUGCGAAUUCCAUUGUAUCCGCCUAUCUCCUACUUUCUCUCCCUCUUUCUAUCUUCCACAUUCUGAGGAGCAGUGCGGAAAGAAGUAGGAUUCUCUUCAUUUUCCUUGACACGGCAAUGCUAGGCCUUUUGACGGCGGGAGCUUCUGCAGCAGCAUCUAUCGUGUACUUGGCGCACAAGGGGAAUGCAAAGGCAAAUUGGUUAGCCAUCUGUCAACAGUUCAACUCCUUUUGCGAGCGCACUUCUGGCUCUUUGAUUGGAUCCUUUCUAGGCGUUGUUGCGUUUAUACUCCUAAUCCUCUUAUCAGCUGUGGCCCUUUCUCGACGUUGA